AUGCGAGAUCCCUCUGAGAAGUCCAAGAAGGCGAAGAAGGCAAAGCUGGAAGAAACUUCUGGGUCAAGACCUCCAGUCCCUCUGGCUGACUCUCCAAGUAAGUCUAUACCUCCUUCCCGCUCUGUAAAACUUAAGCUUAUUACUUCUUCUCUUCCCCAAACAACUCCUAUCUACACCUCAUCCGAAAUACCCCCCUCAACCACCAGAACCUCUAACCCACUAUCUCUCAAAUUUAACCUUGCAACCACUACAUUACCCGUUUCUGAAGCAGAGAUGUUGAAUGAAACUACCUCACCAUCAUCAUCCUCACCUUCAUCCCCACCAUACUAUAUUCUCUCAUCUGACAACGAACCUUCUGAUCAACAUCAAACACCACCAUUUGCACAACCUAAUCCACCUCCUGAACAACCAAUACCCUCACCAUCUGAACCUUAA